CCCGCCGCUUGAACCUCCUCCGCACGCGGCUCGCACACAGACGGCGCCUGCUCCGCCGAGGCUACCGGCGGCACGAGAGCGGGGAACGCGGCGACUUCGAGCACAGAGGAGGAGGAGGAGACAAGGGGACUCCGGCAUGUUCCCCGCCUUGUCCAGCGGAGAGGGCUCCGAGCCGUGGCUGCCCACGCACAGCAGCGCGGGCGCGGCCGCGGCGCUGUGCGCGCUAUCUUUGCCGAGGCUCGGGGAGGAAGUUCCCGUAGCCGACCCCUCGGCAACGGGGUCCGGCAAGGGGAUGUCCUCGGUGUCUCCCGGUGCGGGGUCGGAACCCGCGACCAUCCCGCAGCAGCAGCACGCUCAGCCCGCUCAUCUUCACCACCAGCAACAUCUGCUUCAUCGCCAGCAGCAACAGCACCUUCUCCAGCUUCAGCAGCAGCAGCAGCAACAGGAACGUCUCCUUCCCAACCAACAGCAAGAGCAGCAGCAGCAUCAUCAGCAGCAGCAUCAUCAGCAGCAGCGCGCGGAUGAUGACCCCGCGGGAGCCGAGCGCGCACCGCGAGGCUCCGGUUCGGCCGAAGAAGGGGUCGGUGUCCCGGCCGCUACUCCCAAAGUCCAGAGCGGGGUCAGGUGGGGUCCGGGAAACCCCCUUUCGUGUCCCCUCUGCCGGGGGAUGCUCAGCGAGCCCGUGAGCGCCACGUGCGGCCACGCGUUCUGCCGCCGCUGCCUGGAGCAGGAGCCGAGCGGCGAGUGCGCCGCGUGCCGCCGGCCCUUCCAGCUGCUGGACGUCAGGGAGCACCGUCCCAACAUCGUGGCCUGCAAACUCCUGCUCAAGUGGUUCCCUCGGGAGAGCGAAGCGGCCCGCAUGAGACACGAGGCCCUGGAGCUCCUUCAAGAGGGUCGUGUGAUGCUCGCGCUCGCAAAGUGCCAGGCGGCGAUGGAAUUGGCUCCCGGCGACUCGGCGCUGUUGUGCGUGCGGGCGCGGUGCCACGCCGCCACGGGCCACUGGGAGGCCGCCCUGCUCGACGCGGAGAACGUGUGUCGGCUGGAGCCCACGUGGCACCAGGGCUUCCUUACGAAGGGCCACAGCCAGGAGGCGGUGGGCCUGCGCGAGGAUGCCCUCACUGCCUUCCUGCACUGCCUGGCGCUGAGGCCCAACUGCGUGGAAGUGAAGGCCUGCGUGGACAAGCUGCUGGCGGAGCUACUGUCCCCGGCGCUGCAGCGCAGCCCCCUCGACUUCCUCCAGAGAGAGCUGGGUCGGCCGCCCAUCGCCAGCGGCACCACCACCGGCACCACCACCGGCACCACCACGGCCAGCACCAGCAGCAGCAGCGGGGAGCUGACACUCGGCAAAGCAGCGCCAGAGAAAGAGGAUGGAGCUGGCUGCUCGGAGGAAGAGGAGGAAAAGGUGGACGACGGGCGAGCGAGCCUGGUUGACGAGGUGCCUCUUCAGAAGAGGCUCAAGCGGAAAUGCUCGGUGGAGGAGGAAGAGGAGGGACCAGAGGAGGAGGACGGAACUGGGAGGUCUCUCCUGUCGCUCGGCAGGCCCAGGAAGCUGAUGAAGCGAUGUGACUCGGCGAGCGAGUGGGGAACGUCGCCGGCGCUCAGCGCAGUCCCCCCGGCUCUCAUCGACCCCACGGACAUGGAGUGCUCGCUGUGCAUGAGGCUGCUGUACGAGCCGGUGACGACCCCGUGCGGCCACUCGUUCUGCCUGCGCUGCCUGGAGCGCUGCCUCGACCACAACCCACGCUGCCCGCUCUGCAAGGAGACGCUCGCACAGUACCUGGCGCUGCAGCGCUACAGCGCUUCCCACCUGCUCGAGGAGCUCGCCGCUCGCUACAUGGCCGAGGCGCUCGCCGAGCGACGCAGCGCCCACCUCGACGAGAUCGCCGAGAUGUCCAGCCUCACGCAGGAUGUGCCGGUGUUCGUGUGCACCGUGGCGUUCCCGUCGCUGCCCUGUCCGCUGCACGUCUUCGAGCCGCGCUACCGCCUCAUGGUGCGGCGCUGCCUCGAGACCGGCACGCGGCGAUUCGGCAUGUGCCUGGGCAACGCCAGCGGCUUCGCCGAGUUUGGCUGCAUGCUGGGCGUCCAGAGCGCGCAGCUCAUGCCGGACGGGCGCUCGGUGGUGUACACGGUGGGCGAGCGGCGGUUCCGCGUCGUGCAGCGAAGCCAUCGCGACGGCUACAACACGGCCAACAUCGAGUACCUGGAGGACGUCAAGGUGGAGGAGGAGGAAGCGUACGCGGAGCUGCAGGCGCUGCACGAGGAGGUGUACGUGCAGGCGGCCGCAUGGUUCGGCUCCCUGCGCAGCCGCCUACGCAGCCAAGUGCUGCUGCACUUCGGCACGCUGCCCACCAAGGAGGCCGACCUGCAGGUGAGGGCCGAGCGGAGGCGCCGUGCCACUCGCCUCACCGCUCGUCCAUACGCUCACCCGGCGACGUGUUCCACCACUCGCCCCACCACUCGCGCCACCGCUCAUCCCCCUCUAGCCAUGUCUCACCGCUCACACCACCUCCGCCCCACUACUCAGCCCGCCACUCAGCACGUUUGCUGGCACUGAUAAACACGUUAUCUCGAUGCCAACUGGGAACACGUUACAUCAUCGUGCGGUUUCAAUGAAUCACCCCGAAAGAUCGUUCCGUGCGGCCAAGAGCCAACGGCGUCCCGGCGGCCGGCGCUCAGCCACGGCACUCCUCCGCCGUCCGCUCGGGACAGGAGCGUCGCUCGGUCCGCUUGGCCAGUGGAGAUUUCCCACGUGCGCACGAGAUCCCCCACCUCCUAGAGCAUUAACAGGCUCUUGGGACAGAUGCUGUUAGCGAGCACCUAUUAUUCGCUCCUCCGAUAAGGCACGGUUGGCUACGUACGGCGCGAAAGAAGUUCAACACACAUGCAUAAGAGCCGGGUGGGUAACAAGUGCCACGCCCAGAUGCCUUUGUCUCCCUUGAACGAUGACCGCUGAUGUUUACACACCCGCACCAGUUACCGGCCUAUUCGCCACUGCGAGCCGAAAUCGAACCCUGAUCACGAGGUUCAUGGCACUGUGCGCUAACCGCUGCACCACCGCUCCACACACGUGCGUGUGUGUGUGUGUGCACACACACACACGCACGUGAAUGUGCGUGCGCGAGCGUUAAAUAAGAAAGCAACCCAAAGCGGUCUCGUGUUUGGGAAAGAAAGGGCGAAGGCCGUGUUUAAAGUCCGAGUCAGUGGUGCACAUUCCACAUUCCCAUGGCAGUGGAAAUCCAUCCACAGUCCAUAAAGUAGCCGACCGUUGCCUUCUCACAAAAUGUUUCUCGUUUUAUCUUUGCCGGCGAUUUGCCCGGUGCCUUGACCGGGAUUUGAACUUCCAAAACGUCACAUUGCGAGCCAAGCGCGCUAACCACUGAACCACCCGGGCAAGAUAAGCAACAUUCAACGAAUAAAAUACAUAUGCGUAACAAAUUAGAAAGACAGUACCAAAGUGUAUGCGGCGAGGGGUUAGCGCAAUGCGCUCUGAAUCCGUCAGGCAACCCGAGUUUGAUUCCCGGCUAUGGCCAACAUCAAAGUAAUUUGUGAUAUCCUGGCUCCUGCUCCCCCUCCGUGUUGCUGGCCCCUCACCAACCGGCACCGACCGGCGUGAUUCAAGUACGGCCAAACAAGCCGCGUGACUGAGUGGGUGGGCCUCCAUCCAGCAGCGGAGUUGACAAAGGGGCUGUGAUCUCUCUCCUUACCGAGCGUACGCAGCAGCGAGCCAAGAGUGUGCAACAACAAAAAACUGGCGCCUGCCAAAUCUGGCGACUCACACCUCCAUAAACUUUACGAAUUAUAAAGUUUGCCCGUUAUGUAAUGUUACGAGCGCUUCCUGCCAUACAUCAAUUCGACUGCGUGGGGGGGGCGUCGCCAGCUGUCGACUUUUU